AUGAAAGCAAUGUUUAUAAAACGUUUACAUUAUUUUAAACGAUCUAAAUUAAGUAUAUUUAUUGAAUUUAUAUUACCUAUAUGUGUACUUAUUUUAGCAUUAAAAUCAUCACAAUUUUUUAUUAAAACAACAUUAUAUCAACCAAUGAUUAUAACACCAUGGCUUAUGAUAAAUGAUAAAAAUAAAUUACCAUUAAAUACAUUUUAUGAAAAUAAUUUAUAUGAAUUAAAUGAUCCAAUUGAAAAUUUAAUGAAUCAAUCAAAAUUAUUUAAAUCUAUAUUAAAUAUAGGAUGGAAUUAUGAGAAUGCAUUAAAAAAACCAUUAGGAUGGACUGGUAUAGGUUGUUUAUCUAAAGAAACAUUAAGAAAUAUUAAUGGAUAUUAUAAAAUAUAUGAUCAAUGUAAUUUAUCUAAUAUAAAAAUAAUGAAAAAAGAUUUAACUUAUAAUGAAAUGAAAUAUAUACGUUCUAUUCAAUCUAUUGAUUGUUCAUGUAAUUUAUCAUGUUCCAUAAAUAGUUAUACAUCGAUUGAUCAACAACCAAGUUUUAGAAUUUUACCAACUAAAGAUAUUUUCUAUAAUUUAACAUCAUUUAAAGUAUCAAAUUAUUUAAUGAAUACACAACAUCAAUAUAUAAGACAAAGAUAUGGUGGUUUAAGUUAUCAUACAUUCAAUUAUCCAUCAUUUCGUAAAAUUUCUAAAUAUUUAUUAAAUCCAAAUCAUUUAUUUAUACAUUUAUUAACAAAUACUACUAGUAUCUAUGAUAUACAUAAUAAUUUAAUUAAAAAAGAUACAUUCUGGAUUGAUUUAAUAACAUUUCUAAAAUUAUCAUUACCAUCUAUAUCAUAUUUACGUAUAUGGUUUAAUAAUAAAGGUUAUGUAUCUGGUCCAGCUUAUUUAAAUUCAUUACAUAAUUUACAAUUAAAUAUGUUAUUAAAUAAUUAUAAUAAUUUAACUAAUAUUAUAUUUAUUAAUUAUCCAUUAUCAUUACCAACUCAUAAUGAUCAUAGUUUAGGUUUAUCUAAAGAAUUAUUAAUUGAUUUAACAUUAUCAUUAUUUACAUUACUUAGUUUAUCACUUAUACCAGCUAGUUUUAUAUCAUUUUUAAUUAAAGAAAAUAAUAUUGGUUCAAAACAUUUACAAAUUGUUUCAGGUUUAAAACCACUGAUCUAUUGGUUAACAUCAUAUUUAUGGGAUAUCAUGAAUUAUAUUAUAUGUGGUUUAUUAUGUAUUAUUAUAUUUAUUAUAUUUGAAAAAUUCGCUUAUAUUCAUUCCGAUGUUAUUUAUGCAUUUAUUUUAUUAAUUUUAUUAUAUGGUAUAGCUAUUAUACCAAUGUUAUAUAUGACAACAUAUUUUAUUACAUCAUCAAGUACAUCAUUAGUAAUAUUAUCUAUAUUUAAUUUAUUAAUUGGUUCUAUUACAUGUAUGUGUACCUUGAUAUUAGAUGAUUUUUCUAAAAAUAAUCUUUUAUUAGAAAUAAUUAAUAAUAUAUUAAAAUAUAUAUUUACUAUAUUUCCACAAUAUUGUUUAAGUCGUGGUUUAUUUGAUUUAGCUAAACGUUAUUAUAUUAUGAAUACUAUUAAACAAUAUACAAAAGAUAUCAAGAAAUCAUCAUUAUCAUCAUCAUCAUCAUCAUCAUCAUCAUUAUCAUGGAUAGAUUAUAAUACAAAUCCAUUACAUUGGAAUUUACUUGGUCAUAAAUUAUUUGCAUUAUUCAUUGAAGCAUGUUUAUUUUUUUUAUUUGUUUUAUUAAAAGAAAAUAAAUUUUUUAUACAAUCAAUUAAAUAUUAUUUUUAUAUUAAUUAUCCAAAAUUAUUCAUUAAACAUCAUAUGUUAUUAAUGAAAAAACUUAAUCAAAUGAAAUCGAAUCAUAAUGUUAAUGAUAAUGAUAAUAAUAAUAAUAAUGAGGAGGAUGAAGAGAAUAAUUCGGAAGAUGAAGAUGUACAUGCUGAAAGAUUACGUAUUUCAAAGGCUGACAAAGAAGGUUAUAUCAAUUCUCUAUGUUCAGUUGCAGUUAUUAAUUUAACUAAAUUUUUCCCUCGGAAGAAGAAACCAUCUGUUAAUCGUUUAACAUUUGGAGUUCGUCCAGGAGAAUGUUUUGGAUUACUUGGAGUAAAUGGAGCAGGUAAAACUACCACAUUUAAUAUGAUUACUGGUAAACUACAUCCAUCCAUGGGAACUGUAUAUGUCAAUGGAUUCAAUGUAGUUACACAAACUAAGAAUGCAUUGAAAAAUCUAGGAUAUUGUCCACAAUUUGAUGCUGUUCAUGAUCUUUUAACUGGUCGAGAAACACUUACUUUAUAUGCUCGUUUACGUGGUUUUCCUGAAAAACAAAUUUCUACAACUGUUAAUGAAUUAUUACAAAAUAUGGGUUUAUUACCAUAUGCCGAUCGUAUUACAUCAGUUUAUUCAGGUGGUAAUCUUAGAAAAUUAUCAACUGCAAUUGCUAUAAUUGGUAAACCACAAGUUAUAUUACUUGAUGAACCAACUAGUGGAAUGGAUCCAAUUGGUAAACGUUUUAUGUGGGAUCAAAUUAUAUCACUUAUUAAAGAUGGUCGAUCUAUUAUAUUAACAACUCAUAGUAUGGAAGAAUGUGAAGCAUUAUGUCAAUCAAUUGGUAUUAUGAUUAAUGGACAAUUAAAAUGUUUUGGUUCAAUACAACAUUUAAAAAAUCGUUAUGGUAAUGGUUAUCAUGUUGAAAUACGUUUAAAUCAUUUAAUAACAAUUGAACAAAUUAAUCAAUUAAAAAAUAAAUUUAAUAAAAAAUUUCCUCAUUCAAUAUUAAAUGAAUUACAAUCACAUUAUUAUGAAUAUCAAAUGAAUAAACAUAUUCAAUUAUCAAUAUUAUUUAAAUUAUUAAAUAAAAUGCAAUUCAAUCAUUAUAUUGAACAUUAUUCAGUAAAACAAACAACAUUAGAUCAAGUAUUUGUUAAUUUUUCACGUAAUACAAAUAAAUAAAUAAAUAAAAACUACAAAUACUACUGAAUUAAUGAAAUAGAACAUUGAAUGUGUUUUUUUAAGAAAAAAAAAUAUAUCCCCCUUUAUUAUUUUUCUAUUGAGAUGCAUUUAUUUCAAUUGUAUUACGAUGCGGCAUAGUAACAUGAAUUGAUUCAUGUAUGUAUGUACGAAGUUCUAUGUUGUUGCUGACUGAUUCAUUGAUUGAUUGAUUACGACCAUAUAACAAUCAUGAAUUGUAUAAGUGAUUGUUAAUAUUAUUCUGAAUUAGAAAUUAAUGAUAUUUACUUAUUUAGUUAUUUAUGCCUAUGAUUCUUAAUGGAGUAUAGGCCACUGUCUAGUAUUCUUUAACUUACUUUGUUCUAAGUCUUCCUUUCUAGUUCUAUUUAAAAAUUUUUCGUUCAUUCUUUUCAUGUUUGUAUUUUUCAACGUAAUAUGUUCUUUGGUCUUCCUCCCCACGUUUUUGGUGCCUUGAGGAUUCCAAGUCAGGGCAAUUGCUUUUCUUUUUCUUAAAAAAACAAUCAAACAAUUUUGAUAAAUAUUUUUUAUUAUAUGAAACACUCAAGUAAGUUUUAGAAAAAAAAUUAGUUUUUUUGUUUGUUUAUUAUCAAAUGUAUUAUUUUUCAACCAUUUUCAAUUGUUGUUUACUUCAAGUGUUAAAUAAGUAAUCAUCGUAUCUCAAAUUUGUUCAAUCGUUGUAUACGAAUAGCUUCUAAUAUAUUGAGUCUUCCAAAAACAGGAAAUAAUCGAGAAUGAAUAUAAAUAUAUUAUGGAAAUACAUAAUAUCAAUUAUAUAGUUGUGUAUGAAACAUUUGUCACUUAAUACAAAUAUAACAUUUGGUUUUAUUA